AUGUGUUCUAUUCAUUCAUUCACAUCAAAUCAAAUCGAGAAAUUACGUGAAUCUCUUCUACUUUGGUAUGACAAAUCUAAACGUGAUUUACCAUGGCGUCGAAUGGCCUUGAAUCCAGAUCCCAAUUUACGUGGUUACGCUGUUUGGGUAUCGGAAGUUAUGCUUCAACAAACUCAAGUAAAAACAGUUAUUGAUUAUUAUGAUCGAUGGAUGAAAAAAUGGCCUAGUGUUGAUCAACUAGCAUCGGCUUCGUUAGAUGAUGUCAAUUCUCUAUGGUCUGGAUUAGGUUAUUAUUCCAGAGCUCGCCUACUACAUAAAGGAGCGAAGAAGAUUGUCAAUGAAUUUAAUGGGAUUUUCCCUCAAUCUGCCGAGGUUUUAAAGCAUUCGAUACCUGGUGUUGGACGUUAUACAGCUGGAGCAAUCGCAAGUAUUGCGUUUAAUCAGUGUACUCCUGCUUUAGAUGGAAAUGUAAUUCGUGUUCUAACACGUUUACGUCAAAUUGGUUCCCCUGUACAAUUACCUACUUCUAUGGAAUAUUUAUGGAAUUUAACAACUAAGCUGGUUGAUCCUAAUCGACCUGGAGAUUUUAAUCAAGCUUUAAUGGAAUUAGGUGCAGUUUGUUGUACACCGAAAAACCCUAAUUGUAUAAAAUGUCCACUUAAUAAAGUUGAUUUAUGUGAAUCUUAUAAACAGGCUAAUGUAAACAAAAAUGAUUACAUUUCAACUGAUCUUGAAGAUUGUCAUUUGUGUAUUAAUAGUAGUGUAUAUCAAAAAAGUCUUGGAGUAAUGAAUUAUCCUGUAAAACUUAACAAACGUGAACCUCGUAAACAAAAUACAGUUAUUCUAAUCACUUAUACUUCAAGAAAAGAGGAUGAAACAUUAAAAAAUUACUACCUACUUUUACAACGACCUAAAACAGGUCUUUUAGCUGGUUUAUGGGAAUUUCCAAGUUAUACGAUUGAAGAUGACAAAUUGACAAGUGAAAUUCAACAAUCAUUUAUUCCUUUAGUUAUUGAUCGAAUUACAAAUGCAUUGAAUUCCUCACUGAUUAUAACUUCAAUUAAUGAAUUAAAUGUGAAACCUAUUGGAGAGGUUCUACAUAUUUUCUCACAUAUACACAUGACGUAUAUUGUAUUCGAGUUAAAAGUUGAACAACAACAACAACAACAACAAACAAUUCCCUCUGAGUGUUUAAAUAAUUCCAAUACUACUACUACUACUUGUGAUUGGCCGCCUAGUUUAAAUUCUGGUCGAUGGGUUAGUCGUGAAGAUUUAAACGACUCGGCUAUAUCCACUGCUACUAGAAAGAUAUUUGCUCAUUUUGAAAACUACUCCAAAUUAUCCCAUUCUGAAAUGGAUAGAAAUCAACGAAAAACUAAAAAAACCUCUACAAAUAAGCAACUAUUGAAUUCUAAACAAUCGAAAUUAGAUCAUUUCUUUCAUUAG